UUGGGGUCAGAAGAAAUGACUGAGACACCACAUGCCUCUAGAUCCCAUCGAUCAGCCCAUUGCGGCAUCUCAGCCUGCGAGAUGCGUCUCCCAGCCAGAUCGGUCGGCUGGACCAGAUUCUGUUUAAAUAUCUUGAAUCUCAGCCAGCCUUCCGUGCUGCUAGAUCCUGCAGAUACUCAUCUCUCAGCUCAAUACAGCCUCAAACAACAGCCUCCAUUGAACCCUGACUAGUACAGUGCACAGUCGCACUCAUCACCUUGGAAAAUCCAACACACAUACAUCAACAGACAAUCAACAACCACUGCCGGCCAUGGCUCAGAUGCAAGCACGCACCAUCGACACUCAUACUGCAUUCCCAAAGGCAAACUCUCUCUACACUGGCUCUUUCGACGACAACAUGCUCUGCCACGGCCCCCAGUUCGUCAAGCCAAUCGACACAUCCUUCAUCACAACACAAAUCACCUCCAUCUCGAAGCGAUCGUCGCUGACGGCAUCGCCACUGUCUGAAUACGACGAGGACAGCGCCGUGCUCGGUGACGACGACGAGUUCAGCGAGGACGAGCUUCCCCCGUCCCCCAUCAGACGCCACAGCGGCGCCAUGUCCGUCAGCCAGGAGGAGCUUCCCUUCUGCCUGAACAGGCAGGCCCUGCGGAGGGAGACAGCCGCCCACCGCGCACAGCAGCACAUGGCCAACGAGAACAAGAGGGAACGCGCCGGCACAUUUACGUCGCACGAGCAGUGGGACUCGGAGAUCGAUGGCCCUUCCAUGUCCCUCUGGAUCCCCCAGCCAACUGCAAGCUCGACCACAGAGUACAAGCGGAGGCGAACAGAGACGACCGCCCCGGCCAAGAAGGAGGUUCCCGUCCAGCACCACGUCCGGCACAUCGAGGGGCCCAUGAUGUCACUCUGGGAGGCCUAGAGCUACCUACAGCGACUACGACGACACUCUCAAACAAUAAUUGUGAACAUAUCUUGAGUGUCUCACGAGUGACGACAAAAUCGGCGUUUUCAUCUUUUCUGGUUUUAAAAACGGCGUUCCGGGCACAAUACCAGCAUCAACAGGGCCGGGGGUUCUGGCGGGAAACUGAACAUGUCAUGCAAUGGGUUUUGAGGGCAGCCAUGGCGUUUUGGAAGGGCGAGGGAAACGUGUAUUCUUGCUAUCACGCAUGGCUGCACACUGUACUAUUAGACACUCUGCAUGAGAAUCAGAUGGGGGGUCUGCUGAGAAUGAGCAAGCCCCGGGAAACGGAACAAAAAGAGUCCCGCCCAUUAUUACUACCAUACAUACUACUGCAUAUGAGAUAUGCGGACCAAGAAUACAGAUGCAAUCUAGACCAUACACAGGAAUUCAGACCAUGGUGCUACUCGGUGCUCCCCGGCCAAUCCGAGACGUGAUCUCUGGAGGCCGGCAAUGCAGUGCUACGUCGCUCGACGCUGGUUUGCAUCGAAGCGCCUCCCCGGUCGACACAAGCCCCGGUGCGUCGAAAACUGCUGAUGUGUGUCGCAUGUGAAGACCGGUUUGGGCGCGGCCGGUGCAUUGUGCAUGCGCGCAACUGGCACGGGCGGCACCUGUGUCAUGCCACUUUUUCCUCGUUUCUUUUCGCGGACGGCUCCGGUCCUGACUUUGACAACCAAUAAGAUGCCCUGGCGUUAGCCUGACUGCUUGGCUGGACUGGGAUUUCGGUGCGUCCAUGCGGUGUCUGACUAGUGUUGAGUGGUCUGGACCAGAUUUCAUGUCUACCGGUUUACAGAGUAGGCGACACCUAGAAGCGGGACGUCACACAUGACACUGGCUCUCGAGAAUGUGAGUUUUUCAGAGCAGAGAUUUCAGUAGCAAAUGUUGACCGAGUGAGUCCAUGUGAAGGGAGAUUAGGCGAGUAAAAUCCGUUCAUCCUACUCUAUCGCUGCCCAGUUCCAUAGCAUGCUUUAGAGAUUUUGAUUCAACUUCAAGGGAAAGCUUGCUCCUUUACUUCAGCUUUGAAGAAAAGGUGCUUGCAAUUCGCUGAACUUCCCAUAGCGAUGAGGAACAGUUCCAAUAGUCCUAUUUCGGUCUCGGAAACUUCAGAACCCCGUCGAGCUAUGAUGGUCUGACUGAGUGAUUCAGAAGAGAUGUGACCUAACUCUACACGAGCCCCACAAUGUUUUGGACAUUUUAUACUGCAACUUCAAGUUCGGUACGCAGAAAGACUUCUUUGUCCUUCUGAUGAAAACUAUGGCUAUUUCAGACACUUCCACUAUAUCACAGUUGCCCGACAGCUUCGUGAAGCUGUCUCAAAGUGCCGCAACUUUAGAACCGAUCUUGUUUGUUGACGAAGGCGCAAUGGAAGUUGAACUUGCUUAAAAGCAUGUAAGAGUAACAGAUUGUCCGGUC